AUGACUAAAUAUGGCAUAUACGAGGUUUCAAACGGUGAAGGUCAGUUAGCGACUAUCAGUUUAGAAUAUGUUGACAGUGGUUUAAAAGAAAGAUUGCCUGGUGAAAUAGGGGAUGUCUCCGCCCAACAUCUGAUAGAAUUUGAGGAACUAAAUCCUUAUACUUAUGUUGAAAAAACAGUUAAAGUGCAGAAUAAAUCGAAUGUAGAAUUACCAUUUCAAUGGUUAUUAUAUAAACCACAGUUUGCUGGUAGUACUGAUGAAGAAGAUAGUAUGAUUGUGACAAGAACCAGAGUCUUAGAUUCCGAUACACCAUUCAGUAUUAGACCAGCUUCUGGAAGUCUUUUACCCUUAGAGGAAGCAGAAUUUAAACUCAUCUUUUCACCACCAUUGGUUGGUGAAUAUCAGAAUGCUCUUCAUAUGUUAUUGAAUCACCUACCACCAGGUAGCGCUAGUUCUCAACAAUCGGUAGCAGACGACGGUAAUAAUAUAGAGGAAGAGAAAACAUCAGACACAUCUUCUACUCACAGAGAUGCUAUGAAAUUUAAAGAUGUAACAGCUAUGGAGAUAGAGGUUAAAGGGAAGAGUGUACCAUUAAAUGUUGUUUUACACCCUUAUGCUAUUUAUAUACCUGGCAAGACACUGGUUGGUAGUUCUGUUAAAAAGUCCUUUACAAUGGCAAAUCAUAGUUAUUCCACCAUCACAUUUCAAUUUGAACCACAUAUAGAUGGUCAUAUAGUAGAAGUUGAACCACCUUGUGGAGAUUUGGAUCCUGGAAUGGCUAUAGAUCUAGAAAUCAGUGUAACAGGAGUUAAACCAGGAAAAUUAAAUCAUACUAUUUACUGUCAAGUUCUUAAUAUGGAUCAACCCUUGCCGUUACAUGUAGAAGGUGAAUUUAAGGGUCCUGAAAUUAGUGUUGAAGAACCUGAUGUGAAUUUUGGUCUAAUCCGUUUGGGGGAGACUUCAGUAAGGGAGAUCACUCUGAAUAAUUUAUCACAGAUGCCGACUAAAUGGAAAAUAAAUGAUUUUAUAACAUCACCUACAUCUUCAGAAGACUCUAUGAAUAGUGAAGAGGUUCAGUUUUAUCCUACCCAUGGUGAGCUGAAACCGUUGGAGCGAAGUAAAGUUACAAUAACUUUUAAACCAACUCAGAUAUCAACUGUUCAUAGAGUAUUUGAAGUUGAGGUGGAAGAUGGUGAGAAAUGUUCUGUGGGUGGAUAUGGAGAAGUUCAGAGUCCAGCUGUAUGUUUUAAACAGUCUGAAAUUAAACCACAAGAUGUUUAUGUUGGGGUACCAGUACUCUGUCAGGCUGUGUUACAUAAUCAAACUUUAAUGUCUACUCAGUUUGAUUGGGAAAAGCCAAAUGGUGUGGACAGUGAAAACUGCAGUAUUGAAAUAGACCCAAUAUCAGGAACCAUGGCACCAAAAGAAGAAAGAGUUGUUACUAUAAGCUUUGUUGCAAGUCAAGUUGGAAAAGUAAAUGAUUUGAAGAUACCAUGUGUUAUCGAAGGAAUGGAUGAACCAUUAUGUUUAAGUUUGUCCUGUGAAGUCCUGGGUUUAUCUGUCACCUGUAAAACUUCAGAUAGUCAAGGAAACAUCAGUGAAGAGCUGAAGGUUGAUUUUGGUAAUGAAGUUCAGCUGGGUUCUACUCCAAGGAUGUAUCUGUAUAUAUGUAAUCAGACAGCUAUCCCAGCCAGCUAUUCUAUAACUGUUGAAAAUUUCCCUGUCAGACCCCCUUCUCCACCACAACAAAAACUAGAUUCUACUGGUACUAGUUUACGUAAAGCUCUAUUAGGAAGAACACCAAUAGUACCUGAUCCUAUGUCAAAGUGUGGAAUUAGAGCCCAGGCUGACAUGGCCAAGAUGGCAUUAAGCUGUGGAUUAGGAGCUGGGUUUAGUUUAAGUCCUGCUAGUGGUAAUCUAUCUCCCUAUGGUGAAGAUGUCAUAGAAAUAACUGGUUAUAGUGAUAUUUGGGGUACCUAUACUGAUACUAUCACUUGUACGAUUGGUGAUUUAGAACCUAUUACAUUUCCUCUCACCAUGACAGUUGUUGGUUGUCCACUAAAUUUCCAAAUGACUGCUGCUAUACCCAACCAAAAACCAGUUGUCAGGUUUGGUACCCAUGUCUCUGGUUUAAAAAGUGUUAAAAGAGCUAUGAGAAUCAACAACACCAGUCCAUUUGAUAUCCGUUUGGAUUGGAGAGUAUUUAAUCAAGUAAAAGAUGACUACCAGACAUUAGAUUUGACCGUCUGCUACGGAAGAUGUUUUCCACCAAGAGAUAAAGAUGGCAGUGAAAUUAUUCACCAAACUGAAGAACCACAAAUGGAGCGCCGACCUACAAACUUUAUUCCAAAUUCUCCAGACACCAGUCCUGGUACUAGCAGACAAGUUACAAGUUGUAGCGAGGAACCAGAAGUCAAUUCUGAACCAUACAGACCAAAAAUCAUCUCCUUGUUUCUCAAUCCUCAUGAAGGCCAAUGUUCAACUAAACCCUACAGUAUUCUUCCUUCACAAAUUGUUGUACCUGGCAAUGGUCAUGCACAAGUGUCAGCUAUUUUCACCCCCCUACUAUCAAGUGAUGUAACUGAAGAAAUAGAAUGUUUAGGUUAUGCUUUAGGUUAUAUGAGUUUAGAUGGGAAGGCAGCAGGUAUUGAAGGAUGUUGUAACAGAAAAGAAGCGUAUGAGACAUCUGCAUUAAGAUUAGAUAUGACAGCACAAUUAAAACCAGCAUUAUUAACAAUAGAAAAUACAGAUGAAGAGGGUAUGAGAUACAGAUCAGUUAUGAGUGAUUUAAUAGUCAAUGGUGAGACUCAACUGGAAGCCAUCAAAGUAUGUUCAACAGUUUUAUCAAAUCACACUGGUACACCAUUAAACUUCCGUCUACUUGUCAACAAACCCUUCUUAUUGGUCGAUUUAGAUCCUUCUAGUAAUAUAGAUGGCGCUACAAGAGCUACAGAAACAUUAUAUAACACUCUAGAACCACAGCAUAGUUUAAUAGUGAAAGUGGGAUUUCAGACAACAUCUGAGUUACUGAGUCACGAUUCUUUAAAAGAUAUGGAAUCAUUAGAUUCUAACAGAAAACUUGAAAUAGAAGAUAAUUUGAUCAUAGAAUUCAACAAUAUGGCGGAACAGAAAGUUCCAUUGCAUGCUACUCUAACAGUGCCCCAGAUUCAACUAUCAAAACAAUCUUUAGAUUUUGGUACCUGUCUAGUAGAUCAACCCAGAAUCCUGGAACUGUUUAUAUCAAAUCAGACCUCAUCACAAAGUCACUGGAACGUUUCUUUGGAAUCAAUAUCAGAUUCUUGUAUUAAUGAUACGUUUAAAGUUGAACCAUCACAGGGUAUACUAGAUGCCUACAUAACACACGUUAGUAAUAGUAAAUCAUUAUUAACUGUUACUUUCCUAGCCAAACAUGAAGAGCAUUAUGAAGCAGUAUUUCUAUUUAAAGGAAUGUUAGGAGAGAAUCCACAAAGGUUAUAUGCCAGAGGUCAAGGUUCAUACGAUGGUAAACACGAGUCCUUGUUAAAUCCUUAAUUACACAGUGGAUAAAGGUCACUAUAAUGUAACUAUUUCAAGGACAAGUUAAUAAUGUCUUUAUCUUAAAGUCUGUCAUCUUAAUAACUAUAUUUAUUUAAAAUUUGUGUAUGAAACAAGUUAUUGUUGUGAGAUUAGGUGCUGUUGGAAUAUUCUUGUUUUUAUAAAACUUGGUAAAUGACCUAAAAACAAAAAUCAUAUAGGAUUUUGAAUAUACUGUUAUUCCUUUCAAAUUAAUGUGCUCUGAAACUUUUAUACAGUUACCUCCUAAUAAUUUCAAUUGAUUUUUCUAUAACCUGAUAGAAUAUAAAAUGUAAAAGAAAAACUUGUAUGAAAACUCUGUGAUAUAAUAUUAUUAUGUGAUUAUUUAUGUUAUUUAUUUUCAAAAUAAAUUUUUAUACUGAA